AUGUCUGUGGAUCCAGCCCCAUGGACCGCUGAAUGUGGUACCCAAAACAGCUGCAAUAUGGUAAUCGCAAGAUUCGCUUCAGCACAGUGUGAGGGACUGGCGGGCGACGAAGGAAAGAAGGCCUUGGUCAUGUUUGGCGAUCUCACCUUUACCAGGGAUGAUAGCCUUCCAAAAAGCAUCACGGACUGCUGGGACAAGGGCGACAUGAUCCGUCCGUUCCAGUCCGAACUGCACAAGUCAACGCUAUUCUUGUGUAGGCCACGUUAUGCCAUCAAGAACAUCAGUCUGGUGCGAAAUGGAACCAAGAUUAUUGAGACCGCCGACCUGGGGAAACCAGAAGCGUAA